CUCACACCUCAUUGUCACACACAACUCUAAUUAAGUUUGUCAACUCAACAAAUUAACUUCACCUUUUGUCAUCAUAAUUUGCUUCCAAGUAUGGAGGGUGUAUCUAAGAAGCAUCCUUUUGUUUUUAUGUUUUAUCUUGUGUUUCUUACUCCACUUGUGUGCAGUCAACUUUAUUACAACUUCUAUGACUUAACUUGUCCAAACUUGACUAGAAUUGUUAGAUACAAUGUCUGGUCAGCUAUGGCCAAUGAUACAAGGAUAGCUGCCUCUCUCUUGCGACUCCAUUUCCAUGAUUGUUUUGUCAUUGGAUGUGAUGCAUCUGUGUUGCUAGAUGAUACAAACACACUAACAGGGGAGAAAAAUGCAUUGCCUAAUAAAAAUUCAAUAAGAGGGUUUGAUGUAAUUGAUAAAAUAAAGUCAGAUUUAGAAAAUGCUUGUCCAUCCACAGUGUCAUGUGCUGAUAUACUUACUCUAGCAGCUAGAGAAGCUGUAUAUCUUAGUAAAGGGCCAUUUUGGGCUGUACCUCUUGGUCGUAGAGAUGGAACAACAGCAAGUGAGAGUGAAGCAAAUAACUUGCCAUCACCCUUUGAACCUCUUGAAAAUAUCACUGCUAAGUUCAUUUCUAAGGGUCUUGAAAAGAAAGAUGUAGCAGUUCUCUCAGGUGCCCACACCUUUGGGUUUGCUCAAUGCUUUACAUUCAAGACAAGGCUCUUCGACUUUGGUGGAUCGGGUAAAUCCGAUCCAACACUUGACACUUCACUUCUACAAAAUUUACAAAAAACAUGCCCAAAUCAAGCUGAUUCAGAUACCAAUUUGGCUCCAUUGGAUCCUGUCACUACUAACACAUUUGAUAACACGUAUUACAAAAAUCUUGUGACCAAUGUUGGGCUACUUCAAUCAGACCAAGCUCUUUUGGGUGAUAAUACUACUUCUUCAUUGGUUACAAACUAUAGCAAGUGGCCUAUUUUGUUUUUUAGAGACUUUGCUGUUUCUAUUGAAAAAAUGGGUCGUAUUGGUGUUCUUACGGGACAACAGGGCCAAAUAAGGAGAAAUUGUAGGGCUGUGAAUUAGACAUACAAAUAUGCAUUUUCUCUUCCUUUCAGUUUUAUAAACUUUAGUGCUAUAAUUGUAUGAAUAUGUGUGUGGCUCAAAUAAAUAUAUAGUAGUAAAUAUGUUUCAUAGUAUUUUAGUUCAAUUAUAUUUUCUCAAUGGAUUGAAAUUGCAAAUA